AUGGUUGUGAAGCGUAUUGAAGCUACUCCAGUCGAUGUAUCUCUAUUGGGAGAGAAGCUGCACUUCAAAACGUCUGGGCGGUAUGCCAAAAAUCGGUUUAUGAAGGUAAAAAUUUACUUUUACAGUGUUGUAGGACGUUUAUUUUUACUAAUAUCAAGUUGAAAUACCACUUUUUAUAAUCACUUUAAUAUUGUUUUUGAUUUUUGUUAUCAUAAACUUCAAAAAACGGUCAAAAAACACAAGAAUUUUGGUGUUUUUCACCAACUCCUACUAUAAUAUCAAAAAGUUUUUCAAAAAUCAAACCUUAUCAACCUUCAGGCAGCCCUCUCCGAAUCCCUGGCUACAUGGGAACGUGACGAUCCACAGAAGACUGGUCUAACAACUCCAAGACUUUUUAAUUUGUACGAAAAAUGGGGCCAUGGAGGGUUUGGAGUGGUGCUAACCGGCAAUAUUAUGAUCGAUCAUAGACAUUUGGAGACAGCCGGUAAUCAUGUUGUUAGUCAGGAAAGCUGGAGUGAGGAGAAGGCCAAAUUGUUUAAGUAAGGCUGUUUCUACAAUUUUUUUGUUUCUAUGACCAAAAGACUUUUUUAGCUUUAUUUUAGGUUGUUCAAAAAAUUCUGAGCCUUUUACAUCGCAAAUUUUCAGGGUUAGGGGCUCAGAAUUAUUUGAACAACAAAUUUCUGUAGUUUGAGAUUCAGAAUUAUUUGAACAACAAUUUUUUGGGGUUUGGGGCUCAGAAUUAAUUGAACAACAAAUUUCUAGGGUUUGGGGCUCAGAAUUAUUUAAACAACUCAUUUUUUGGGUUUGGGGCGCAGAAUUACUUGAAAAGCAAAUUUUUGGACUUUGGGGCUCAGAAAUAUUUGAACAACCAAUUUUUCUGGUUUGGAGAUCAGAAUUAAUUGAACAACAAACCUUUGAGAUUUGGGGCUCAGAAUUAUUUGAACAAACUAAUAAGUUUGUAAAAUUUUAAAGCAUACAGCCAAAAAUGCCAAAGUUGGCGGGAAAAGUAUAAUUUGAAUUUUUUAAAUUUAAAAAAUUAAAAAAAAUUAAUUCAGGCAACUAGCCACUAACAUAAAGCAAGACGGCACACUGGCUAUUCCUCAAAUCGGUCAUGCUGGCCGUCAAACACCCGCCUCUGUGAAUCCAACUCCACUAGCACCAUCUGACGUCCAGCUGAAUGUUGGCAAAGGUGGUAACACUUAUGGACCUCCAAUUGCUAUGACCUUGGAACAAAUUCAGACCGAAGUAAUCGACCGGUUUGUCUUUACUGCGGUAAAACUUCACGAAGCCGGCUUUGAUGGGGUUGAAAUUCAUGGAGCUCAUGGAUAUCUGUUGGCUCAAUUUAUAUCACCGACUACGAAUUUGAGAACCGACCGGUAUGGUGGAAGUGCCGAGAAGAGAGCUCAGAUUCUGGUGGAUGUCUACAAUGCGAUACGGUGAGGUUUUGGGUUGUAGUUGGUAUAGAAGGAGGGUUGUAGGAGGUAUUGAAGGGCUGUAGGAAAUAAUAAAAGGUUGUUAGAGAUAUGGUAAAAAGAAAAAAUUUUAAUUUGUGAUACAUUUUUUAUAAUUGUAUCACCUAAUCUUCAACAUUGUCAAGUUUUUGUUACCUAAACUGUAACAUUUUCUCAUUUUUAUUACCUAAACUUCAAAAUUUCAGUGAAAAACUGCCAGCAUCGACCGGUUUUGUGAUUGGAAUCAAAUUGAAUUCGGUCGAAUUUCAAAAUCAUGGUUUGGGAAUUGAAGAUGCUAUUACUACUGCCAAGAUUGUUGAUGUAAGCUUUACUCUUAUACUUGAGAGCCCUCGUAUUUUAAAAAAUGAAAAAAACACUUGUAUGCAUAAAAUGAUCUAUUUGUUUGUUUAAAUAAUUCUGCGCCCUCUAACCUCGAAAACUUGCUUUGAAAGAGGGCACAGAAUUAUUUGGACACCUUGAAACUUAAUAGUAAAUUCCGUAUUUUACAACAAUUUUCAAAAUAAUUUGAGAAUUACUUCCGUAUUUUACAAUCCUCUACGACUUAUCUUAUAACAAGCUCAUUUUCCAGGCAACCGGCUUUGAUUUCAUUGAAUUUUCCGGCGGAAACUACGAAAGUUGGCAAAUGGACGUAAGUGACUCCACCAAGAAGAGAGAAGGUUUCUUUGUCCAAUUCAGUCAAGCCAUCAAGCCUCACAUUAAACAAGCCGUAGUCUAUGUGACAGGCGGCUUCAGGACAGCUCCAGCCAUGAUUAAGGCUGUAAAAGAAGGCUCGACUGAUGGCAUUGGCCUAGGACGACCAAUAACGGCCGAACCAGAUCUACCAGCCAAAAUAUUAACUGGUCGUGCUCUGUCAGCCUCUUUUAAUCCCAUGGACACAAACUUUCAACUUGGCCAUUGUGUGGCCACAUCACAAAUGGCACAAGCUGGCGAGUUACCGUAUUCCGAAUGUGAUAACGACCCUGCUUAUGGUAUCAUGGACAAUAGUGAUCAGAGAGAGCUGGACGAGUUUUACAACGUGUUUGAUGGGUACUACAAGGAGAAGAUACGACGAUUGCUUGAGGAAAAUGAGCCUACUCGUGGUGUAUUGAUCUAUAAACCAAAGUUUUUGUAA